GUUACUUCAUUAUAAAAGUGGCGGUUGACGAUACUCGUAGCUUAUUUCGUUGAUCGGUAUUUUUAUGCUCUUUGAGUGAUACUUCAAGCUUUAAACUUUCUCUUUUUCAAUCGAAUUUAUUUGUUUUUACGUUAAUUCCACUCAAAUCAAUCAAAAUGCGUGAAUGUAUCUCUGUACACGUUGGCCAAGCCGGAGUCCAAAUCGGUAACGCUUGCUGGGAAUUAUACUGCUUGGAACAUGGAAUCCAACCGGACGGUCAGAUGCCCUCCGACAAAACCAUCGGAUCCGGAGACGACAGUUUUAAUACUUUCUUCAGCGAAACCGGAGCUGGUAAACACGUACCCAGAGCGGUAUUCGUUGACUUGGAACCGACCGUAGUCGACGAAGUUAGAACCGGAACGUAUAGACAGCUUUUCCACCCCGAGCAAUUGAUCACCGGUAAAGAAGACGCGGCUAAUAACUAUGCCCGAGGUCAUUACACCAUCGGUAAAGAAAUCGUCGACUUGGUAUUGGACAGAAUUCGUAAAUUGGCCGAUCAAUGCACCGGUUUACAAGGUUUCCUGAUUUUCCACUCGUUCGGCGGCGGUACCGGUUCCGGAUUUACGUCUCUGUUGAUGGAAAGAUUAUCGGUCGAUUAUGGUAAAAAGAGUAAAUUGGAAUUCGCCAUCUAUCCCGCUCCUCAAGUUUCCACCGCUGUCGUUGAACCUUACAACUCCAUCUUGACCACGCAUACAACCUUGGAACAUUCCGACUGCGCUUUCAUGGUCGACAACGAAGCCAUCUACGAUAUCUGUAGACGUAACUUGGACAUCGAAAGACCAACCUACACCAACUUGAAUCGUCUGAUCGGUCAAAUUGUAUCCUCGAUUACCGCCUCGUUGAGAUUCGACGGUGCCCUAAACGUAGACUUGACCGAAUUCCAGACCAACUUGGUCCCCUAUCCUCGUAUCCAUUUCCCUCUAGUCACCUACGCCCCAGUCAUCAGCGCCGAAAAAGCCUACCACGAACAACUGUCCGUCGCCGAAAUCACCAACGCUUGCUUCGAACCGGCCAACCAGAUGGUUAAAUGCGAUCCCAGACACGGAAAAUACAUGGCUUGCUGUAUGUUGUACCGUGGAGAUGUCGUACCGAAAGACGUAAACGCCGCUAUUGCCACCAUCAAGACCAAAAGAAGUAUCCAAUUCGUCGACUGGUGUCCGACCGGUUUCAAAGUCGGUAUCAACUACCAACCACCCACUGUCGUCCCUGGAGGUGACUUAGCCAAAGUACAAAGAGCCGUUUGCAUGUUAUCCAACACUACCGCUAUUGCCGAAGCAUGGGCUAGACUCGACCAUAAAUUUGACCUGAUGUACGCCAAACGUGCUUUCGUACAUUGGUACGUGGGUGAAGGUAUGGAAGAAGGUGAAUUCUCCGAAGCUCGUGAAGAUCUUGCUGCCUUAGAAAAAGAUUACGAAGAAGUAGGCAUGGACUCCGUUGAAGGAGAAGGCGAAGGCGCAGAAGAAUACUAAACAUCGAUGCUCUCGAACAAACACUAACACGCUUUAAUAUCGAAUGGAAUUCUUUUUUACUCGAUUUAUAUUAUUUUAAUACUGUCUGUAUUGUGCAUUAUUUAUUGUGCUUUUUUUUUAUAAUGAUUAAAUGUUAAUUGAAUCGCA